AUGAAGAAAUGGGAGUGUUUCGUGUGCUGGAAGGUGAACGAGGACGUUGAAGAUGGCGAUAGCACAACUUGCUUAUGUCGGUGCUGUGGUCGGCCGCGUGAUUUCAUCCCAACCAGCGCCAUGGUCAACGACCGAGCCAAUCCUCUAGUGCUGCACGGACUAUCUGCAGCACAGCACGAGUUCCACCCGACGCUUCUACAUUCACUACAGCAAGCUGGCUUGGAUCUCACGGAGACGGACAGCGCGGGUUGGACGGCGCUACAUUGUGCUGCGAUGCUCGGCGAUGCCACCGCGGUGCGCUGUCUACUACAAGUGGACAGACACAACUCGAGUAAGCGUGGAAAUCUCCUCGAAGCAGCUCGAAGUGGUGGAUGGCGGGCACUUCAUCUCGCAACUCGCGGCGGUCAUCUUGCAGCCAUCGAAGAGCUGCUACUAGCCAACGCGGACGUGGACGCUCGACUUGACGCUUCAGAUGAUGCACGGACGCCACUCCACAUCACAGCGGAGCACGGUCACGCAGAGAUACUGGACCUCUUGUUGCGGUGUGGAGCGGACCCGACGCUAGUCACUCACCAUUUGCGACGAUCCCCUCUCCACGUUGCAGUGUUUGCGGGCCAUGAACGCUGUGUGCGAUUGCUCCUGGCUCAGCCCAAUGUCUUUGGGAUCCUAGACCGUGACGGUCUCACUGCACUGCAACUGGCUCAUUUGCUGCCUCCGUCCGAUGGUGCACGCAGUCAAGCGCAAAGGGAAAUUAUUGUGCAGCUGGAAGCUCAUCAGCCGUUCGGGUCUGCUCCACCGACGCAGAUGCGGACACUACUCAGCUGA